AUGAUAUGUGGAAGCUGGUUUACCGGGAAGCUCCGACCUGGCCAGAAUACCGUGUUCACUUACGGAAGAUUAAGUGAUAUAUCAUUGACAGAUAUUUCGUUUGACCGACAGUGUGAUAGCAACUUACUCAGUUCAUAUUACCUUGCUCGGCACGGUUAUCGACACCUACAGUCUAAAUCAGGUGAUUUUCUGUUCUUUUUAGGAAAGAACUUUAAAUUGCUAUUAGGCCAUGUGGGCAAAGAACGCCUAAUUAGAAGCAUGAGCAAUCAGAAACUAAAGGGGUUACCUAAUCUCUCUUACUCAGAACUCAAGAAAGUUUCAUUCUUUUGUAGUACAUGCGCCUCAAUGAAGGAUCGCAGAAUGUCCUACAGGAAUUUGAUAGGAAACAAAUCAACAGAGCCAUUGCACACUCUGCACAUGGACUCUACUGGAAGGUUGAGGGUUAAUGGACUGUAUGGCUCCUUCGGUUAUCGGUAUGCCCGUGCAGUGGCAAAAUCCGGACCCUCUUAA